AUGGCUGCGGCUUUUCACUAUUUAUCGUGUACUCGGACUGACCCUUUCCUCACACCAGCUCAAUCCCUCACUCUUCCUUUCCAACGCAAACCAUUUUUUUGCUCUCUUCUUCCUGUUUCCUCUCGCGCUCGUAACCUCUCUUCUUCAAUCGUCGUCGCUUCUUCCAAAAAAAAGAAAAACAAGAAAAAACUGUCUCGUGAUCAUGUUACUGAGGGCGGCGAGGAGGAUGUCGACGCGUUUGAGCUUCUCUUCAAGCAACUCGAAGAAGAUCUCAAAAGCGGUGAUUUGUCAGAUGAUGAUGGCGAAGAUGAAAUAAGUGAAGAAGAGAUGGCAUUGCUUGAACGUGAGUUGGAAAAUGCCCUGGGGGACUUUGAUACUGAAUUGUUGAAUUCGGAUGUAAUCGACAUAGAAAUUGGUAGUGAUCCAGAGAAUGAGGAUGAGGAUGAGGAUGGUGAGGAUGAUGGUGGUGAGGAUGGUGGUGAAGAUGGAGAUGAAAAGUCACUGAACCUUAAGAAUUGGCAGAUGAAGAAAUUGGCUAGAGCUUUGAAAGCUGGCCGCCGCAAAACAAGUAUAAAAAAUCUUGCUGCCGAUCUUUGUCUUGACAGGGCUCUUGUUCUUCAAUUACUUCGUGACCCUCCUCCAAAUCUUUUAAUGAUGAGUCUAACUGUACCUGAUGAACCCACAACAACAGUAGUAUCACUUGAAACUAAGCCCAGCGAGAUUCUCCUUAAAGAAACAAGUAUUGAUGACGCUGAAUCUGAAUCAGAACCCAAAGCUCAAGUACCUGUUCAUACCUUGCAACGUAAUUGGUAUGCUCAAAAGCGAUUGAAAAAGGCCCAUGUUUACACUCUGGAGAGAGUUUAUAGGAGAUCAAAACGACCUACUAAUGCAAUGAUCAGCAGCAUUGUGCAUGUAACAAACAUUCCUCGAAAAAGAGUUGUGAAGUGGUUUGAAGACAAACGUGCUGAGGAGGGAGUUCCAGAUCACCGUCUUCCUUACCAGCGCUCUCCGGUGAGAGGAAAACAGGAAGCAACCGAAGAAGCCAAUGUAGUGACUGAGCCGAAGCUCAAAAGUCAGAGCUUAAGCGGCUUCGGAAGGCACCGGGAAAGGGUUCAUCCGGUAAACACUUCCUCUGUGAAGAUGGAAGCAAGUGCGGGAAUGGUCGCUGGCUCGCACAAACGGAACGAGCUCGUUCGGAUUCGCCACGAUUCUUCUGAUAGCGGGUCUAAACCCUUGAAGAGCUUGAAUGGGCAAAUCUGUCAAAUAUGUGGUGAUACUGUUGGAUUGACUGCGACUGGUGAUGUCUUUGUUGCUUGUAAUGAGUGUGCCUUCCCUGUGUGUCGCCCUUGUUAUGAAUACGAGCGAAAGGAUGGGAACCAGUCUUGUCCACAAUGCAAGACUAGAUACAAGAGGCAUAGAGGGAGUCCUCGAGUCGAGGGAGAUGAAGAUGAAGAUAACUCUGAUGACAUAGAGAAUGAGUUCAAUUAUGCACAAGGAAAAGCCAAGGCCAGGCGGCAGUGGGAGGAAGAUCCUGACCUAUCAUCGUCUUCUAGACGUGAAUCUCAACAGCCAAUUCCCCUCCUCACCAAUGGCCAAACGAUGUCUGGUGAGAUUCCGUGUGCCACACCUGACACUCAAUCUGUACGAACUACUUCAGGUCCUUUGGGCCCAUCUGAAAAGGUUCACUCACUCCCCUAUAUUGAUCCAAGGCAACCAGUUCCUGUAAGAAUUGUCGACCCAUCAAAGGACUUAAAUUCUUAUGGUCUGGGAAAUGUUGACUGGAAAGAAAGGGUUGAAGGUUGGAAGCUCAAGCAGGAGAAAAAUAUGGUACAAAUGACUGGUAGAUAUGCUGAGGGGAAAGGAGGAGAUGUUGAAGGGACUGGUUCUAAUGGAGAAGAACUUCAAAUGGUUGAUGAUGCUCGACAACCCAUGAGUCGUGUGGUGCCAAUUCCUUCAUCUCAGCUGACUCCUUAUCGUGUUGUUAUCAUACUCCGUCUUAUUAUUCUUGGCUUCUUCUUACAAUAUCGUGUAACUCACCCUGUGAAAGAUGCAUACCCACUGUGGUUGACAUCCGUUAUUUGUGAGAUUUGGUUUGCCUUAUCCUGGAUACUGGAUCAGUUUCCAAAAUGGUCUCCUAUUAACCGGGAGACUUAUCUUGAACGACUUGCUUUAAGAUAUGAUCGUGAAGGAGAGCCAUCACAGUUAGAUCCUGUUGAUGUGUUCGUUAGUACAGUGGAUCCCCUCAAAGAGCCACCUCUAGUAACUGCAAACACUGUGUUGUCUAUUCUUUCUGUUGACUACCCUGUGGACAAAGUUUCUUGCUACGUAUCAGAUGAUGGUUCAGCUAUGUUGACCUUUGAAGCACUAUCAGAAACAGCUGAGUUUGCAAAGAAAUGGGUGCCCUUCUGCAAAAAGCACAAUAUUGAGCCAAGAGCCCCGGAGUUUUAUUUUGCCCAGAAGAUUGAUUACUUGAAGGACAAGAUUCAACCUUCCUUUGUAAAGGAGCGACGAGCAAUGAAGAGGGAAUAUGAAGAAUUCAAAGUACGGAUCAAUGCCCUGGUAGCCAAAGCUCAGAAGAUGCCAGAGGAAGGUUGGACAAUGCAGGAUGGAACUCCUUGGCCUGGAAAUAAUCCUAGGGAUCAUCCUGGAAUGAUUCAGGUGUUUUUAGGUCAUAGUGGAGGUCUGGAUACAGAUGGAAAUGAGCUGCCUAGACUUGUUUAUGUUUCUCGUGAGAAGCGGCCAGGCUUCCAACAUCACAAGAAGGCUGGAGCUAUGAACGCAUUGAUUCGUGUUUCUGCUGUCUUGACCAAUGGAGCAUAUCUUCUGAAUGUGGAUUGUGAUCACUAUUUCAAUAAUAGCAAAGCUCUUAAAGAAGCCAUGUGUUUCAUGAUGGAUCCUGUUCUUGGAAAGAAGACAUGUUAUGUGCAAUUUCCUCAGAGAUUUGAUGGCAUCGACUUGCACGAUCGAUAUGCCAAUCGCAAUAUUGUGUUCUUUGAUAUCAACAUGAAAGGUCAGGAUGGUGUUCAGGGUCCAGUCUAUGUGGGAACUGGUUGUUGUUUCAACAGGCAGGCUUUGUAUGGUUAUGAUCCUGUUCUGACUGAGGAGGAUUUGGAACCUAAUAUUAUUGUAAAGAGUUGUUGGGGUUCUAGAAAGAAGGGAAGGGGUGGCAAUAAGAAGUACAUUGACAAGAAGAGAGCAAUGAAUAGAACUGAAUCUACUGUUCCCAUAUUUAAUAUGGAAGACAUAGAAGAGGGUGUUGAAGGUUAUGACGAUGAAAGGUCACUGCUUAUGUCCCAAAAGAGCUUGGAGAAGCGUUUUGGUCAAUCUCCAGUUUUUAUUGCUGCCACUUUCAUGGAGCAGGGUGGCAUUCCACCCUCAACAAACCCUGCAACUCUUCUUAAGGAAGCAAUCCAUGUUAUCAGCUGUGGUUAUGAAGACAAGACUGAAUGGGGCAAAGAGAUUGGAUGGAUUUAUGGUUCUGUGACGGAAGAUAUCUUAACUGGGUUUAAGAUGCAUGCUCGUGGUUGGAUUUCCAUCUAUUGCAUGCCACCUCGCCCAGCAUUUAAGGGUUCUGCUCCAAUCAAUCUUUCAGAUCGUCUCAAUCAGGUGCUUCGGUGGGCAUUGGGUUCAAUUGAGAUUUUUCUAAGCAGGCAUUGUCCCUUGUGGUAUGGCUACAAUGGAAGGUUGAAGCCUCUGAUGAGACUUGCUUAUAUUAACACCAUUGUCUACCCCUUUACCUCAAUCCCACUGAUUGCUUACUGUACGCUACCUGCAUUUUGUCUCCUCACAAAUAAAUUUAUUAUUCCUGAGAUAAGCAACUUUGCCAGCAUGUGGUUCAUUCUCCUCUUCGUGUCCAUUUUUACUACUUCAAUUCUUGAGCUUAGGUGGAGUGGGGUCAGUAUAGAAGAUUGGUGGAGAAAUGAACAAUUCUGGGUUAUCGGUGGGACAUCUGCACAUCUUUUUGCUGUGUUCCAGGGGCUUCUAAAAGUGCUUGCUGGGAUCGAUACAAAUUUUACUGUUACAUCAAAGGCAUCAGAUGAGGACGGUGAUUUUGCCGAGCUUUAUGUGUUUAAAUGGACAUCACUUCUCAUCCCUCCUACAACGGUGCUUAUUGUGAAUUUGGUAGGGAUUGUGGCUGGUGUGUCCUAUGCCAUAAACAGUGGUUACCAGUCUUGGGGUCCACUAUUUGGCAAGCUGUUCUUUGCUAUCUGGGUCAUUGCCCAUUUAUACCCAUUCUUGAAGGGUCUCUUGGGCAGGCAAAAUCGUACCCCAACCAUUGUUAUUGUUUGGUCCGUUCUUCUUGCUUCAAUAUUCUCCUUGCUGUGGGUGAGGAUUGAUCCCUUCACCACUGACUCCAACAAAGUAUCCAAUGGUCAAUGUGGCAUCAACUGUUAG